CACACAUCAGCGAGACAACGUUACCAGAGGAGGUAAGUUUAGAGUUCUUAGGGUAGGUUAAGGGAUUGAAUCUGCCUAGGCAUCGGGGAGAUUGCGAAUGAGACGCUGGUGAAUUUUAUAAAUAUACUUUUUAAAUCAGUGUGCGAUUAGGUUCGUGUGUUGUAUACUUGAUACGUUAGUGAACGCAUUUGGUUUUGAGAUUUAUUGUUUUAGAUGUUGCUGUAUGGUUUGUAUUAGUGACAGUUUAAAGUAAGAUAUGUUGCGAUAUUCGUUGUUAGGAUCGAGUCAAUGAGUACGCUAUGAUGUACAGCGAAAGGAAGACGGCGCGCUGAGUUGUUUUGAAUAAAUAACCAUAUAAUAUAUGAAAUAUUUAUGAUCUUGGUGCUUUCACUAAUUACCCCUUGAUGAAGCGGAGCUGUGAACUGUUUAUGAAAGUAGAACCCCUAAGUCCUGCUUAUGGUUUGGCAAACAGUGUUGGACCAACCUAAAGAAAAAAAGUAACGCUAGAAGGUCAAUGCGCCUCUUAGGGUCCACGCGCACCUUAGGGUCAACGCGCCUCUUAGGGUCCACGCGCACCUUAGGGUCAACGCGCCUCUUAGGGUCCACGCGCACCUUAGGGUCAACGCGCCUCUUAGGGUCCACGCGCCUCUUAGGGUCCACGCGCCUCUUAGGGUCCACGCGCCUCUUAGGGUCCACGCGCCCCUUAGGGUCCACGCGCACCUUAGGGUCCACGCGCGCCUUAGGGUCCACGCGCCUCUUAGGGUCCACGCGCCUCUUAGGGUCCACGCGCCUCUUAGGGUCCACGCGCACCUUAGGGUCCACGCGCCUCUUAGGGUCCACAGGGCAUUUAGGGGCCCCGGGACAAGGGGUAAAAUGUGUGGGGCAUGGGGACUAAGUGAUUUUCAUGCAUAAUAUAUUAUAUAAAUAUUGGCCAAAGAAAAUAGUAAGCAACUAUAAUCGGUUUUUUUUCUCUGACGAUAAUCACCAAAGAGAAGAUUUUGAGAGAUGAUCGUGUUUUGUUGACGUCUUGGAUGAAUAUAUUACUAUUACCAUUUUGGCUGAUUGGGUCAGUGAAUAAGCGACAAAACUGGCAAACAAAUAAACUUUUAUGUUCCUCAGUUGUGAUGUGUAGAAGGGUGAUUCAAAUUUAAGUUAGUGAGGUUUGCGGGAGGGGAGUGCAGUGGUUGAAAAAAAAAAUGACUUAAUGUUGCCCGGGCUGAAUUCCCAAAUUUGCCCCUAAAUGCAUGCUUCGAUUUACAUGAUGUUAGACCUAAGGAACCAAAAAAUGUUCCUCCAACCACCCACCCGCCCCACUGUCGUCUCCCCUUCGUACUCAGUCGGUACGUCAGUGGCGAUGCCUAGAGUUUUUUUAUCCGUGUCUCAAAACACUGACGUCACAUGUUUUUAAAACCUUCGAUUCAUGUUUCGGGAUUGACAUUCAUUAAAUAUGUUCAACAAAAAAUAUGCAUCUACCUUAGCAAAAUAAACUCCAGAAGCAUUUCAAAUCCAGAUCAGUAUUUAAACAUUGUUUUCUUUUUGAGUAAUCAUAACUCUGUGCGGAAGUUGAAAAAUUCUAUUUAGAUUAAGCGCAUAAACGAUUUGUUGUUAUAUAAUUUUUCCUAAUUACUGUAACUUCUUAAGCCAUGGCUUAAAACAUUUUUAAGCAAAUGGGUUAAGAGGGGGGGGGCAGUUUAAUGGUGAUCAAACACUUUUUGAAACCAUACUAUGGUUUGAAAAACGCACCUGAGUUGUUUUUUUUUAAGGAUUUUAGUCAACGCAUUGAUGGACAAAUUUCCUUCAUGUUCCUUUUGGAAAACAGAGGUUUGGGGGGUGGGGGCUGAAAAUUUGAUAAAACGGUUUGUCAUCGGAAACUACACUAUAUGACAAGUUUCAGCUCAAUAGCUUCACGAAAAGUUGGUGAGCUAGAAGUCCGAAUAUUUUUCAGCCCAUCCAAUCACGCACGAAGUUUAUAUAAAAAGAUAAUUUUAUAUAUAGGAUUUAAAGACGGCAACAUUUGAAAGACCCGACCAUACGGUGUCACCUUGGCUAGUUUAGGAGCACCAUCGGUUUCCACUAUGGCUUGUUUAGACCAGUCCAGGAAUACCAUUGGUUGUCACAAUUGCAAAUUUUGUCCAGUCCAGUAGCACCAUCGAUUGCCACACUGAUAAGAUUUAAACCAGUUUUAAGGGCACAGUAAGCUGAAACAGGGACAAAAUUAAACCAGUUUUGGGGCACUGUCAAGUUUAACCCAGUUUAGGGGCACUGUCAGCUGAAACACGGACAAGUUUAAACCAGUUUAGGGGCACUGUCAAGUUUAAACCAGUUUAGGGGCACUGUCAGCUGAAACAUAGACAAGUUUAAACCAUUUUAGGGGCACUGUCAGCUGAAACACGGACAAGUUUAGACCAGUUUAGGGGCACAGUAAGCUGAAACACGGACAAUUUUAAACCAGUUUAGGGGCACUGUAAGCUGAAACACUGGCAAGUUUAAACCAGUUUAGGGGAACUGUCAGCUGAAACACGGACAAGUUUAAACCAGUUUAUGGGCACAGUAAGCUGAAACACGGACAAGUUUAAAUCAGUUUAGGGGCACAGUAAGCUGAAACACAGACAAGUUUAUACCAGUUUAGGGGCACAGUAAGCUGAAACACGGACAAGUUUAAACCAGUUUAGGUGCACAGUAAGCUGAAACACGGACAAGUUUAAACCAGUUUAGGGGCACUGUCAGCUGAAACACGGACAAGUUUAAACCAGUUUAGGGGCACUGUCAGCUGAAACACGGACAAGUUUAAACCAGUUUAGGGGCACUGUCAGCUGAAACACGAACAAGUUUAAACCAGUUUAGGGGCACCGUCAUCUGAAUCACUGACAAGUUCAAAGCAGUCCAGCUGGUAUCCAUUCAGAGUUUGGUCAAGUGUUUUAGCCAUUUCAUUUCCAAUUGUUAUUCCUUUGAAGUUUUCAGUAAAGCAUGCUCCUGUGUCACUUCAAAAUAAUCAAUCGUCUCACAAAUGAAAGGUAGACAUUUUGUGGAAUCGCGAAUAGCAUUGCUUUUGUAGAGUGCCAAGUUACACGAAUGGUUUUUUUUCUAAUGUAGGCUUUUGACGAAUCCUCUAUAUUUAUAUUGUGCAUAAUCAUUAUUAAAACUUAACAUUUAUUGUUUCAAUCUACACAAGUAGUUUGUGUCUAAUUAAUCUACUUUAAAUAUUUAUCACAUUCCAACAAUCUUAUAAUUAAUCAAUGAAAAGAAGCAACGCUUGUUUAGAGUAUGUUUUCAUAAAGUUGAUGAAAAAAUCCGACAAUUUCUUUUAUAAGUCGUGGUAUUUUAAAGCCUGACAGUCUCACUGUAGUAAAUCAAUAAACAUUCCAAGGACAUAACUAUUAUUUGCCGAAGGAAAGACGACAUUCUUAGCAAUUCUCCCUCUACUAAAGAUCCAUGAAUGGUCUACAGUGUACAAUUCACUAAAGUAUUUUGCUGUGUGUAUGUGUACUCGCUAGUCGUCGCAUAACUAAAGACCUCAGCAAUGUUAUGGGCGUUUUUACAGCUGCUCGUUCAUAACGUUACAAUCCGGGUAUUCCUACUGCAGGAAUGAGGGCUAUAUCUAGGGUUGGUCUCCAGUUUAAGAACCACUUUAUUGAAGGUUCUAUAAAAAAAAAUUAGAUGUGAUAGAAAAAGAUUUUGCAGUCUCUCUUCAUAUUUAACAAAAGUGGAAAAUAAAGUGACUGAUAUGACAGUAAGAGGUUAUUGUUGUCUGGACCCAAAAAUAUGGGCUUCCUAGACACACGCCUCCAAAGAUCUCGAUCUGGAACUAUUGGCAAAGGGCUCUUCUUCUUCUUCUAUAUAUUAAGGGCCCACGAUCAAUUUAUUUCUCAUUUUGGCUCCUAUGCAUGUAGAGCGGAUUUGCUAUGUUUCUGUGCCUGGUGUUGUUGAGGACAUUUCAAUGAUCUCCAGUGUCACUUUGUGAGGGAAUCAUGUGCUGGGGGUUUAAAUGCUUGAGGCAAUAGACACAAAUGUGUCUAGUGUUGUCACCUCAACUGUUCUUUUUGAAAGCUUGUUCGAGUCCCUGAUUGUCUUGGGCAGGAAUGAGCAGUUCCUAUACUGGCUUCUUGCUGGUAUGAGCCGGAAUUGCCUGUCAUUGCCUCGUCACUGUUUAUGGUUGAGAGGGACAAGUUUCUGUUUAAUACUGGCACAGUGGACCAGCCCAUUAUGUAUCUUGUACUUAAUGGAGAGCCUGGAUUGUCGUCGUCGUUCCUCCAAUGGUGACCAGGCUAUUAUUGUACCUAUUCCCUUUAACACUUUAUUACUGUUUUUAUUAACAUCUUGGUUCGCGGACUGCAAUAUCUCCUGGUCUACUUAGACAGGUUGUCUUUUAAUUUUUAACCUAAACUCAUGCCUACCUACAACACUUAUACUAAAGAGGACAAGACUAAGAAUGUACGCUUCUAAACUCGAUUAUAUUGUGUUUAAAGAAGAUGACUGAUAUAAUGGUCUUUGAUCGCCUAUAUUGGUAUCAAAAGCAUAACAAGAGCAUUAAUGCGAUCGUGUCCAGCUUCCGAGACUGUGCAAUAACAAUUCAAAUUUAUUCGCCGUAAAUUACGCUCCAUAACUGAUUGUCUCAGAGAAAAGUCUCAUGCACUGAAGUAACUCUUGGAUCUCUUAAUCUUAAUAUGCGACUUAAGGAAAUGGUUUCGUUGGGCCGUCGAGCGCGAGCUCUCAAUGCUAUCCCCCCGGUACACCUCUACACGGGCCAGACACCGGGAACCUCCCCCCAGUCGACUUUCCCAAAGGGUCUUGGCGGAUUUGCUUCAACUCCGGGGGAAAAGGUGUGGCCUUACCUCCCCCUCCCCCCCCACCACCCAGGGAGUCUUUCAGUCGGGACGGAAAGCUGGGACGAAACGGUGGCCUAGGUGCGGCUUUCUAACGGCCACCUAGCUGAAAUCAUCGGCAUGGGUUUUAACCGCCACCCAAACCUCAUAUCCAUCAACGGCAACAGUUAAUCAGUACCAACCGAUUGACCAUCGAUGAUACGGUCAAGGGUCCUUUAUUUCUUGGGUCGUGGGGGUGGUCCUGAUUCAAAAUGAAUUCAUUAUUGGCAUGAUUGUUGUAUUUAAGAUAUAUUUUUUUUACUAAUAAGACAUUACAUAAAAUAACAUUGCCUCAAGAGUUCUACAUUUAAGUAUUUCGGCAUAUAUCGAUAGUUUACAGAAAAUAACAUCACCCUAAAGAAUCUCAUUUCAAGUAAACCGGUUCCACUCGAGAUUUUAUGAGAAAAAAAGUGUUGUUGAUAAAUAUUUCUACAUUUUGCAACAAAAGUUUGUACACGCUUUAAGCUUAUUUUUAAUGUAUUAAUUUAGUUUUAUUUAUUUGUUUAUUACAUUGACGAUAUGUUAUUUUAGAGCAUUUUCAUUCCCAUUUUUUACUUGUUUUCUUCUAUAAAUUUAAAAUUCAGACAAAGAACGGAAAAUUAUAUCAAAAAAGAUCCCAAGUAAUCCAGGAUGACAAAAAUCUCUUUCACCCUCCUGACAGUAUGCCUGUUCGUGGGUAAGUUUUUUUUUGCCUCGUUAUAGAGAUGAGUCAUCAUUUUAUUUGAUUUACCCUAAAAAAUCUCCUACAUUCUACCACAUUUCCAAUUUUCUACCACAUUUCCUAUGUUCUACCACAUUUCCUGUGUUCUACCACAUUUCCUAUGCUCUACCCCAUUUCCUAUGAUUUACCUCAUCACUUAUGUUCUAACACAUCAAAUGUGCUCUACCACAUUACCUGUGUCCUACCACAUCACAUUUGUCCUACCACAUCACCUAUGUCCUACCACAUCACCUGUGCUCUACCACAUCACCUGUGUCCUACCACAUCACAUGUGUCCUACCACAUCACAUGUGUCCUACCACAUCACCUGUGUCCUACCACAUCAGCUGUGUUCUACCACAUCACAUGUGUCCUACCACAUCACCUGUGUCCUACCACAUCACCUGUGUCCUACCACAUCACCACUGUUCAACACCACAACCUUAAGACAUGUUUAUCUCUACCCUUUCGCGUAGUAAAUACGCUUUGAGCCUGAGACUACGGCAAUAAUAAUUGGGAUUUUUACAGUAAAAAUUUACCGCAUUUUUUGUGGUAACACCGUGCGCAAUAGAAUAAGAAGACAGUGUUGGUGUUUUGCAAUCUCUAUCUUAAUGAGUCAAUUAAAAUGUAUUUCCUUUAGAUGUUGCAAGUCACCUUACUUUAACCUCAAUAUUGCUUAUCGAUUGGUUCUGCCCUUAUGUUAUGGUGGAUUCCCUUUGAUUGCGCACGUUUACCAAGUUUCAGAUGUUUUUUUGUUUAAAAAAAAAAUAACUAACUUUUGUAGCAUAAUACCGUGAUACCCUUGGAGGUGUCUUUCAGUCUUUCUGUUCAGUUCACCUAUCAACAAAUUAAGUGGUAGCUAAAGUGUUCAAUUAUUUCAUUAAAAUCAUUCAUUAUUUAAAUGCAAUUGUCCUAGCUUUUAAUGGACUGGAUAGCCAUUUAAAUAUAAGAAAAUAUGCAUGUGUCAACUAUGUGUACUAUGACCAAAAAUAAAACGGUCUGUCUUUUGUCUACUAAGUAUUAGACUAACUUUUCGCUAAGCUCAACAUACUUUUUUCGGCUUUACGUAAUGAAAAUAAAACAUGCUAGCUCUAACAAUAGUCAAGAUAGAAAUGGAAGCUUACGGCAGGAUUCGUUGUUCUACCCUAUGCUACUCAUUUGAUAAAAGUAGAGGCAAGCAGAAGAAUUUACGAUAUGAUACACGAGCGCAGCACUGUUAAACUAGCAAUGGAAGAUUUUUUUUUUUUAAAUUUAAAAUAUAACAUCUAGCCUUAAAAGAUAAAUUUAAGGACUUUUUUCGUAGUUCUCUCAUAAAACUGCAAAAUUAACAUUAAAUGCAACCAUUUCAAUUUUUUUUUUAAUGCUGUUCUUGACAAUUCUUCCCACUUCGUUGGCUCAGUCCUGCGUCUCUGCAUAUAUCUGUUUUGUAUCUCAACCAUAUUAAUACUGGAAAGAAUAGUAUAAUGAUAUAUAUGAUAUAUGACCCCGUUUGAGGCUUAGAGGAUGAUAAAUUAAUUAAUUGUUUGUUUUAUGUAGUCAGGGUCUAGGGUUAAUAAAAUAGUGCCUAACAACAAACAUUUUUACAGACAGCGAAUGGUUAGGAGAUCAACAAAGGUUGAUCAAGUCAUCACAGCUACACUCAACAACAUUUAUUGAUAUCAAGCAAAUCUGCAGGACAGUCCUCAUGUGCCAUCUGGAGGCCACAAUGUUAAGGAAAAAUCAAUUAACUUUUUUGCGUACUUCUGGCGUCCAUUUCUGGAUCUUCUCAAUCAAGCUCUCUAUUCAUGUGUCCAAAUAUGACAACCUAAUUACAGAUAUUUCAUAGACAAAAAGUAGGUGUUCACUCAAACAUUAACUUUCCUCGCAAGAAAAAGACAUAGACUCCAUAUUAGUUAGAAAAAAAAAUCUAUUUGUGGGAGCUAAAUACAUGUUCUAGAAGUCAACACAGACUAGAUAAAAUGCUAAACUUUUACAUGACUUUGAAAAUCAAGGCAAAAAAUCGUGCAAUCCUUUUAAGUAACCUGAUAAAUGAUAUGCGCUAUUACUAGGAAAAUUAAUAAAUAUACACUUGUAUGUAUCGUUUUGAACUUUCCUAAGACCUUUGAUCCUUAUUAAAAAAAUCGGAAGAUUAUAUCAUGUACAUUUAUUUGUCUUAACUUGCAGUUAACUUGAUGUCCCUACACAAUUUUUUUUUUAUUUUGAUUGCAAACCAAACUACUCUUUGGAGAUUGAAAACAUGCCUAUUGAGAGCUAAAAGCUACUCUAAAAAUAACCCUGGGGUAUCCAGGUCUCCAUCUGUGUACCACCAAAUCUGCCGUGUUCUACCGGAUCACUUGUACUCUACCAUGUCACACACUUCCAAACAGCAUCCGAUUUCUUAGGCUACAUCCGAUUUCUUAGGCUACAUCAUGUUUCAAACUAUAUCAUAUACUUGUACUCAAUUAAAAUAUGCGCAAAAUACCAUGCUGGAAGUGGAUCCUACGGACAAGUGUAUAUUUUAAAGCUCAUAACAAAUUCUCUUGUUUCAUAAAUUAUUAAAUCAUUUUAUUAGUUGAUUUUGAUACAUAAUAAAGCAGAACAAUGUUUUUAUUUAUACAGCAACUAUCGACAUUGCCUGGGCUGUGUGUCCUACAUGCAAUGCGCCUGGCACUUAUACGUGCAGGUAAGUGCACUGACUCUUUCUUUUUAAAGUUUUUUUUUUAUCCAACAUGUGUUCAGCACAUAAGUUUCUUUAGGAAUAUGCAGAAAAUAGUAAGAGUUAAUGUUUAAAGUAUGUGUUUGCUAUGGUUUAAAAUGUCUGUUUAACGAAGAUGGGUAGUUAUUGAUCUAAUGUUUGUGCUUGCGGUUCAGCACCAAGAGACCCUGGCCUCUACAGGGCUGCUGGUUGACUGGUAACUAGGCGCGAAUGUGCGCCCGGUGAAGCUAAAAGGAUUCUCAGGCAAUUCGUCUGACUCACAAGACAAAGGUGAGAGCUGAUUUGGCUUCUCUCCCCGUGAGCGCGUAAAGUAAAUAGAAUCAGAUCAUUAUUCUACAAGUGGCAAGAUAAUGAUCGUCUGGGAGAGGGACUUUGGAACCCCAUCCUAAUUUGAGGAUCGGUGACGGGGCUAAUUUCGAAUGAAUGCGUUGGUGUUACUUGGGGGCACUAGGCAAGUUCCCGCCGGUCACAUACCCAAGAAACUAAUAGUUAUAUAGCUUAACUGUUGUUGGGUCGCAGAGAAAAUAGCUAAACUCACUAAGUUGAUAUAUGACGGGGUUGUGGACGUUGAACUACGAGAAGAGACCCAACUGAAGAAGCAACCUGUGGCAAACGGGCUUCUCAGUCUACCACUGUACACGUUUACUGUGUAGAAGGCAGAAAACUAUAGUAAAAAACAAACUCACAGCAAACAAUCUUGGUGGAACAGACUCUCUGACCCUGGAAGCUAUCCAUAAGUCACUGGGAAAUGUACACCAUAAUCUACAGAGUUUGAAGCUUGUGAGACUUGGUGUUUUUGAAUUCUACUAUUGAAGAUCGCAGUUCUUCCAAUUUUGAAUUAAAGGAGCACGUAACACGCAUUUAUUUGGUGCCAUCUUAGAUGACGAGAACAAGAUUGAAACAAAUGGAGGAAAGGUAACAGUGCAAUCGUUAUCAAGUCAACUAGACGUGAAGUGCAACGAUACCGUAAACAGUCUGGCAAAAACGUUGGAAGCCCAGUCCCAAAUCAGAAUCACCAGUCGCUGUUGUCGGUGUCAAAGCUAGCUAGUAGACCUCUUCAGGAUAGAGUGGUACGGAAAAAUCGGCAGACAGGACGAUGUACAGAGGUGUAUUCGCUGACCUGCCGAUACCUACUGGUCAAAAUCCCUAGUGGUAAUAAAACAGCACCUACCGGGCUUCCAAAUGUGACGCUUCAUAGUUGGAAGCAAAGACAGAGACAGGGUAUGGAUCAUGAAUACAAGGUGCCGUUAAUAGAUAUAAGACUAGAGGCGAAGGUGGAAACCGCUAGCCGUUGAUUCUAACUACACAGCCCCGAAAAAGCUGCUCCUUGGUGACCGGUUCGUUCAAGCUUCUUAGCGAAUUAGUUGCGUUUUGGAAACCCACUGUAGGAAACCCUCUGAAAGGGCGUCCAACGCUUUCUUGGGAUGGGUGGGGGAAGAUAUUAGGACGUAUAUUUACUAUCCUGACUCCCUGGAGAGUUGGCUGCGCACGCUUUAAACGCAGCGUUUUCGGUCGACCGGAUAUUUUCGGGCGGGGAAAGCUUCCAUUCGCGAGUGUACUCGAGGCACUGCGGGUGAGGGGAGGUUGCCGGCAUACUACCGUACGGUCUGGUGGCGGGAAAAACUGGCGUCUGGCCCUUGAGGAGGUGUGUCGGGAGGGGCAUUAAAACGGCCCUUUGACGUCAUUUCCCAAUCAGAAAGUUUUGUGGAAAUUUGAUUCCGACACAAAAGUCAGCACCUAGAUAUGUCCUACUAUCUGAUACAUUAACAGGCUUGACAGCAAACGGGAUUCGACCUGUCGGCUUUGCCUGCUGGCCCCGGAAACCCUAGAUUAUCUUUUCACUGAGAGUCCUGCAUUGUAUGUUGCUGGGGAAACCGACGUUACAUGUCUAAGGCCAGCGGAUGAAGCUGUUUUCCAAUAAACUAGCAGGGGCUUUAACUCGUAAUCUCAAAUCCCAACCACUAUACGUAUGUUAGUUAGUGGAGUCAAAACUGUAAAAGCAGAUGUCUAUUGAUGAUUAACAUAGAUGAGAUUCAGGGCUUGAUUAAAAUGUUUUAUAUGGCAUGAAAUUUUUUUUUUAAAUUAUAGGAAUAGACAAAGCCACUAAAAAUGCUCAGUCAAGCUGGCAAGGUAGAGGAGAUGUUUCAUUCAGAAACAGAUGCUCAUUCGUUUUGUUAAAUUCUUUUUCCAGCUUGUAUUCUACUUACAUGACGUGUCUGGAUACGAUUGCCUCUGACGCCACGUGCAUUGCUGAGGAAAAAACUAACGCUGCAGCAAUCGCUUCAACAACAAGGACAGCAAUGGCUCUUUUAGGCUGCUCAGGUAUUCAAUGUAAACUUCAUGCUAAUCUUGGGCAGAAAAUAUAUUUAUCAGUAUAAAUUAAAAUUUUAGAGUGUAUUUUGGUGCAUACUUUAUUUUUUGAUUUUCAUCACUAUACAAAUAAUCUGAGAGCAACUAAAGACAUGUAAGCAGAAUUUUAGCUGUCCCUUGUCUGGGUUGUGCUUAUGAUCUGCCGUAGGAAAUCGACUCCUUAACAUGUAAGAUCAAAUUCUUGUGAGUUACCCCUUUGCUUUCAUUGGGUAGCCGGAUGUUUCGCCGCUAGGGUGAAAAAUCGAGGAAACUCAUCUCCGAAAAGGGAGUGAAAGUCCUCAAGAUGAAGGUCUCAAGGGUCCAUAAGAGCUCCGGCUCAGGUCAUGGAUGUAAUCCCAUGUGUAACAUUUUAAGUCAGGAGAGGCGAAAUUAAAGCAAUCGAUGUAAUAAAAGACUGGGAACAUACUGUUAUUGUUCCAUGAAUUAUCGUGACAGAGUAUCUAACACAGAGAUUUUCGAACAUGCCAAGAUAUUAAGUACAUUAUCUACUCUUUAUAAGACGUGCCUCUUAUUGCUAGACCAUGUAGGGAGAAUGUGGGAAAGCCAUAUUCCAAAGAAUCUGAUGUAUUGAGAAUUGUCAGAGUGGGCAAGACUUAUUGGGCGAAUACGGCUCCGAUUUAAGGAGAUUACAAAGGAUCACGAGGGAAGCAAACAUAGAUAUCAAAGAACGGAAUAUCAUCGCUGAGCUCCGUUUUAGGUUAUGAAGAGCUAUGUAUAAGGAGUCGAAGAGUCAGAAUAAGCAAGAAACUAAGUCAUCACAACAAAAAUGGCAUUUCGAAACACCAAAGUAAAGCAAGGGUCAAUUUCUCUCAUCAGAAGUGCAGCCAAGAAUGUCAUUACAGGAUCGGCUACGAGAGCCAUUUGAUCAAGCGUCAAUAGCUAAUCCAUUGUCUCUUGAAGGCUUAAUGAUUUCAUAUAUAUAUAUAUAUAUAUAUAUAUAUAUAUAUAUAUAUAUAUGUAUAUAAAUUGUUACGCACUAACUUGUAUUGGGAGAAAUUAAUUUCCUAUUUUAAUUUUAAUUGGCUCGUUGUUAACAGUGCCUAACAAAGGACGAUACCAUUGAAUCAACAAUAUUAAAGAUACGACAAAAACAGUUUCUAGUUAAAAUAAAUAAGAUUUAUUAAUGUCUUAAGAUAAUUACAAAAGAAAAUAAAAUAUAAUUACAAUCUUCAACUUACAGUAUGGUAGAUCUUGUACCGGUACACAGUUAACACAAUUAGAAAUAAUGAUGCCAAUAAAUAAUGCGAAAUAAACACAUAUGAGCACACAAAUACAAAAAGAAUAAACACGCCUCGUAAUGUUAAGAAAAUCUAUCUGAAAAAUCUCCGACCUCUCGUCCGUGCCUGUCAAUCCCUUAUAUAGGUGGGUCUACCGACGCCCAAGCCCUGCCUUCGAGCAGCUACAUGACAUUUAUAGAACAAUAAGAUUCAUUCUACAAAAUACUAUUUGGAACAGAUUAAUUAUUUUUAGUGGUUGGCAGCAUAAACACAAAAUAUAUCAAAAGACUACGCCAUACCCCUUGUGAACACAGCGUCUCAUGCGGGGUCAAUCAGAGGGCACGCACGAGAAAUAUUAUGUAAACAAGCUCUCUAUAACAAAAUAUAUAUAUAUUUAUAUAUAUAUAUAUACAUUUAUAUAUAUAUAUAUAUAUGUGUGUGUGUGUGUAGUGUGUGUAUGUGUGUAAUACAGUAAUAACUCAAUCCUUCGUGGGUUUUCACCUUGAAUUCGUUCUGUCAAUUUUCGCCAACUCCCAGAAUUGUGUAGGUUUACAAUCUACGUAUUUUACAAUUUUAUAUAGUUACUAUAGGAAUCAUUUUUUCUGGUAAUGUAAGCAUUUUCUAGACUAAAUAAUGGAAAGUAAUAUAAAUAUAACUUUAAUUCAAAGUUAUUAAAAUAAUUUAGGAAUUUAUUAAGUUUUAAAAUAGAUAUAAAUCCUACCUGGCAAUUUUUUUCACAUUUUGUGAGGAAAAAAAGACGGUGGGGGGGGGGCUGCUAGGAUCGUAAACCGUUCGAUAUUCAAGGUAUUACUUUAUAUCUCUAGCCUCCUUUUUGGUGCGGCCUGGUCCUAAACAGCACCUUGAAGACGAGUUAGUUCGAGGCUUGUCGUGACGUCACCUAUGUAGAAUUUGACCUUGUUCGUCAUCCAAUGAUUCUAACCUGCUUAUUUCAGGUGUGUCUGGACUCGCCUCAUCCCUGAGUCUCAUUCUUGCCUUCAGUGGCCUUGCCUACCUGUUGAGCAACAAACGCUAGAGGCCCAGAAAACGCAUAUCACCUCACCCGGAUUUCUUCAAGCAAAGUUUAUCAUAGAAUUUCCGACCUAGACUAUUUCCUUAUAGAGUAGAAGUAUUACAGAGCUAUUAUAUAUAAUGUUUAUAGUGAUUAAGCAUGUUUGUGAUAUUUUAUUCCAAGUCAAAUAAAAUAGCAUCUAAAAGCGUUUUUGCAGGAAAAGUGUUGAAAUCUAAAAAUUAUAAUUCGCUAAAAUAAGAAAGAUUCAUUUUCUUUCCGUUUUCGUAAAUUUUACUAGAAUGGGAAACCAUUUUUUUAAAAAAUUAUAUAUAAUUUAUGUCUAUUUCAUCAAAAUAAAAUUCGAAAAGUAGUGUUGUAGAAGCAAAUUGAUUAAUAUUUAUAUUUUCUAGCCACUUGAUAGACGUUAAUGUUUUACUUUUAUGCCUUUACCUUUGUAAUAACAAAUUAAAACUUCCUCCCUUUUCUUGAUAUAAAUAACACGUUUAUUAAGUUUAUUUUUUUAACAUUAUUUGAUUUUGUUUUUCAAAAUUUAUACACAUGCAUCUUCAUGGAUUUGUGCUAGAUUUGUCCUAAAUGAUGCCGCCCAUUUGCCCAUUUGUUUUUAAUACAAAAAUAGCGUUUACAAUAUUUCACUAAAUAACUUUUUAAUAAAAAUAAAAUAUCCAUUUUG